AUGCCCGAUGAUCUAAAACUCGGAAACACAUACCAACUACCAGAGAACAAGCCAUGGAUAUAUUUCGAGAAGCUAUCGCGCCAAUACGGGUCCCCGUUGCUAACCUACUGGAUUGGGCGCAAUCCGACCGUCUGGAUCAACGAUGCUUGGACCGCGUCUGAACUGCUCGACAAGCGUGCUGGCAUCUACUGUUCACGGCCGCGGAUGCUGGUUUUCGCGGAGCUGGGAAUGGGUCAAAAGAACCUACUGAACAUGUACACCGACACGCAGGCAGGGCGUGACCGAUGGCGGAUACAUCGCAAGCUGAUGCACUCGGGCGUUGGAAUCCAGCAAGUACGCAAGUAUCGCACAUUCCAAGACAACGAAAGCAGGGUCGUUGCAUACAAUCUCCUGUCGAGCCCAGAGAGAUUUGUCGAGCACUUCGAACGCUAUGCUACCAGCGUGGUGAGCAUCAUUGCAUUUGGACGAAGGGUCGAAAGUCCCGAGGAUCCGAUCAUCACCGAGGUCAUCGCCGCCAUGCAUCUAGCUGCCGACCUCAACGUACCAGGCAAGAAAUUCCCCAUGCUCCUAGAGACCUUUCCCUUCCUUGCCCGCUUCCCCAACGAAAUCGCGCCCUGGAAGCACGGCCUUGGCGCCCGCGGCCGCAAAGGCGCGCACCGCUUCUUCUACGCUUUGGCGCAAGAAGCCGCCGCACAGCCGGGCCACGACGACCUCAGCUACGUCAAACAUCUCAUGCGCGAAGCGCCCAAACACUCACUCGACCCGGAAGAAGUGUCUUCCCUAACCGGCAACCUCUUCGGCGCCGGCUCCGACACGUCGUCCUCGACCCUCAUCACCUUCGUCCUCGCGUGCUGCGCCUUCCCCGACACGCUCCCGCGGGCGUGGGAGGAGCUGGACCGCGUGGUCGGCAGCGGGCGCAGCCCGAGUUUGGACGACGAGGCGGCGCUGCCGUACGUGCGGGCGUUCGUGAAGGAGGUGUUGCGGUGGCGGAGUGUGGCGAUUAUUGGGGGCCAGCCGCAUGCGCCGGUUAAGGAUGAUUGGUACGGGGGCUACCUGAUUCCGAAGGGCGCGUGGGUGCAGGGGAAUGUGUGGGCGAUUCAUCACCACGAGCGCGAGUUCCCCGAUCCGGAUCGCUUCGCGCCGGAGAGGUAUUUGCAGGGGAGUGAGCUCGCGAGGCCGUUUCCGGGGGAGCGCGGGUACAUGACGUUUGGGUGGGGGAGGAGGGUGUGCUCCGGGCAGGCGUUGGCGGAGCAGGGGACGUGGUUGAGUGUUGCGAGGAUGCUGUGGGGGUUCAGGAUUGAGAAGGCGAGGGAUGCCGGGGGGAGGAAGGUUCCGGUGGAUAUUAAUUACUAUACAAAUGGCCUCAAUUGGAGACCGCGGCCUUUCAAGUGCAGCUUUAAGCCGCGGAGCCUGGAAAUCAUGCAGACCAUUGAGCGGGAGGGAAGGCAGGCUUUACAAGAGCUGGAGGCUUAUGCUGGCACAACAGAAUAUAGGAUGUCGCUGUUUGCGAAGAGAAAGCAGUAG